AUGCGGGAUCAUUUCCGUACCGUCAAGAACAACAUCGACGCCAACAUCAUCCUUCACAGCGGCGGCGUGGCGGCACCUAGGGGAGGCAGUGGAAAGUUCCCCUACAGCAGCCCCCUCAUUCUCCCGAAGUGUGCUACGAUGCAGAACACCUCAGAUGGAUGGAAUCCCAAGGGGCCACGACGGGUGUUCAUGGAGGAAGACGUGGGGUACAUCAUAGGAUUCCGGUACAAGUGCGAGCGGUGUGUUGAAUACAACGGGACCGUGGAGGAGUCGGAGCAGCGCCCUACCAGUUUCAACGCGUGGGAUGUCGGAUGCCUGGAUCGCCUUCCUGACUACGUGUCGAAGGAAAACGCGGGAGGACUAUUUGCCCCGCGUGCACCAGCGCUGGGACGGAACCGCGUGUACAGCAACAAACUACAGUUUCCUUCGCGUAGACGGUGGUUUACUCGCUAAUUUACCGCCAAUACGUGGUGAUGGCCCUCCCGUCGUGAAGAAAAAUCGGGGAAAAAAGGAAGGUGCAAACAAAGUUUGGCGCUGAUGGGGAUUGAACCCGCAACCUCGGGCACAGAAUAACCACACAUGGAUUCCUUCUGUCAAACUUUAAGACAAUGGAAGGACGCGUCAUUCGAAUACGCCUCUUCGUAUGUUUUUCGCGCUUCGCGCGAAAUAAAUAUAACUCGUUCCCGGGUUGCCCUACCCAUGGUCGCU